UGCUGGGGAAACGGGGGUUAGAAAAUCCCUACACCACUUGUGGGAUUGUGCCAAAAAUGGCACGCAAAGAGAUCGCAGGUGGUAGAUUACAGAUUGGCGCAGUAAAGGAGGAAUCACUGAAGAGGCUUUGCAACAGGAAGCGACAAAACAACAGACCGUCAGACCCAGGUACAAUCGAGGAGCCACUGCAACAACAACACAUACCAAAGGAUUUUUUAGUUGACGACGCUAUAGUAAACGGUGCACGUCACAUAAUCUUUUCAACAAGAAAACAACUUUCACUCCUGUCGAAGUCAAAUGCUGGUAUAUGGAUGGGACGUUCGACGUGGUUAAAGACCCAUUUUAUCAACUUUUUUCUAUCCAUGCAUUCAUCAGGAGCGGCGAAUGCUCGAAACAAAUUCCGAAACAAAUAUAUAUAUGUCUUUGUACUUCUUCCACUUCUUUUGUUUUAACAUGUUUUAUUUUGUUUUAGG